CUAACACCCUUACUUAAAGAAGGCAAUUAGUGAUUUUAAAAGCACCCCACCGCGAGGAUUUGCAGCCUCCCCUUCUGUACGUACCUCUCUCUGUCUCCCCUUUCUUUCUAUCACCGUCACCCUUCAUUCCAUUAUUAGGCAGCCAGCAGAGCAGCUGCCAUAACUGCUUUCUACAUUGAUCACUAAUCACUCAUUCUUCUUUCUCUUUGCUUUUACAUUUCUGUAACUCAUCAGUCAUCUCAUCACUUCCUAUCUCCAACCAUGACUUGUUCUGACGAACAGAAGGUCACAACAAUGGUACUCAAGGUUGAUCUUGACUGCUGUCAAUGUUAUAGAAAGGUCAAGAAAGUCCUUUGCAGAUUUCCUCAAAUACGAGACCAAGUAUUUGAUGAGAAGAACAACACGGUGAUCAUCACCGUCGUCUGCUGCAGUCCUGAGAAGAUCAGAGACAAGCUUUGCUGUAAAGCUGGAAAAUCUAUCAAGAGUAUUGAAAUCAAGCAGCCAAACAAGCCUAAGCCUGCUCCUGCUCCUGCUCCUGCUCCUGCUCCAGCACCGGCCGAACCUGAGAAACCCAAGCCCAAGCCUGCCCCUGCCCCUGCUCCUGCCCCAGCUGAGCCUGAGAAGCCCAAACCCAAGCCUGCUCCAGCCCCUGAGCCUGAAAAGCCUAAGCCUGCUCCUGAACAGAAACCACCUGAAAAGAUACAAAAAAACGGCUCCAAGAAAUCUGACUCACCCCCUGAGGCAGCUCCAAAACCAGCUCAGCCAGCACCCAAACCAGCUGAGCCAGCUCCUAAACCAGCGGCACCGGCACCAGCACCGGCUCCAGCGCCAAAACCGCAAGAGCCAGAGGCACAAUGGGUGCCUGGGUUUCCACCCGGUCCACCACCACAGACAGUGUUUCCUGUAUCAAUCUGCUGUGCUCCAUGCUAUGAAGGCAGACCCGGAGGACCAUGCUACGGUGGUGGGCCUGGUGCCGGUUACCCAUACGGUUACUAUGGGCGGCCAUGCCCACCCCCACCUCCACCUGGGUACUGUUCGAGUCGGUGCGAUUAUUUCAGCGAGGAAAAUCCUGCUGCAUGUUCUAUCAUGUGACUUGUUGUUCUGCUCGCCUAAAUUCACUCCUGUCAAUUACGUACUCAUAUCGUUUGGUCAAUUAAUUGCACAUCUUUAGGCUACAAUCCCACAGGCUUAUUUUUAUUUUAAUGUAAAUCGAGAAUAUACUAUUACUACUAUUACUUUUAUAAGAUUAAUUAAAACGAUGGAGAUGGAGUAACAAUAAUAAUAAGUUUGUCGAUCACUUUGGUGGAGAA